AUGAACGAUGAUGUAGCGAGGGUGCUGGGCGGGGACCAGCGGGCCAUCUCCCGUAUGAUGACUGCGCUGGAACGGCGAGAUUCAGCAGUGGCCCCUGUAAUUAAAGAACUGGACUGCAAAACCGGCAAUGCCUACACCAUCGGCAUUACCGGCCCCCCGGGAGUCGGGAAGAGCACACUGGUUGACCGCUUUACCGGCCACCUCCGCGAUCUGGGGCUUACCGUCGGCAUAAUUGCAGUAGACCCGGAUAGUCCCUUCAGUGGCGGAUCGAUAUUGGGCGACCGCAUCAGGAUGCAACGCCACUACCUGGACUCUGGAGUGUUUAUCCGAAGCGUCUCCACCCGAGGUCAGGGGGGAGGUCUGCCCCGCAUCGUCAAAAGGUAUGGCGUCGGGCAAACCGAGUUGGGAAUAAUGACCGUGGCCGACACCGUGGUAGUGGCGCUAAUGCCCGAAUCCGGGGACGCUAUACAGACCCUUAAGGCAGGAAUCCUGGAAAUCGCUGACAUUUACAUCGUAAACAAAUCGGACCGCGAGGGUGCGGACCGAAUGGCGGCAGCAAUGAGAGCAAUGCUCCAGAUCGCGUCGGAGCCCCAGGAAUGGGAGCCGCCUGUCUUACUGACCCAGGCCGAUAGAGGCCUUGGAAUUGAAGAACUCUGGGAAAAAGUAAAGGAGCAUCGUUCUUUCGCGUCAGCCCCCGCAGAUGACCUGGGGCAACCGUCCCUCUUGGAAAAGCGCCGAAGUGACCGCCGACGCGCUGAGUUUCUUGAAUCCAUCCAAGAGGAAUUGAAUCACAGGCUGAAAGCCCGUAUAGAGAACGACCCAACCCUCCGUUUGAUGCUUGAAGAUAUUGCAAUCGGGAAACGUGAGCCCUUUUCAACAGCAGCCGAACUGCUCGAGGAAAAACAUAUUGCUGGCUUCACUUUCCUAAGCGGCGAGGGCGAAUCCCUACCCUAG